GUGAUCGCUGCUGUGCUGCGUGGCAGCAAAAGGGGCCGGAAGCGCUACUCUGCGCAUCUGAUAGCAGAUGCACUUCGGUGCUGGUACCACCGGAGGAAGUUGGUUCCACGAGGCAUCAGUGUAAAUGCCCCCAGCAUUCAAGACUGGGCAUUGAAGGCAACGAAGUUCAAGCGCCUGGCGCAACGUGCUCGAACUUCCCGCAACAAAGCCAUAGCAGAGCUCAAGCAAGAGUUGAGUGACUUCCUUCCCAAGCAGGAUGCCGAGUCUGGAGAUGAAGACUCUGACGUGGAAGACGACGAUCUUUCGGGGUCCGACGGGGAGCUCGGGGCCUUGGAGGCUUUGGGUGAAUGCGAGGCUGAUGUGAGCUGUCAGCUCCCCGUGCUCACCGGCUACGACGUCGGCUACUUCAGCGAGCAGAGCCUCGUGCUGAAGUAUCGCAAGCUUUCCUUGUCUGCAUCCGCCUCGGUGGCGCCCGCUGCAAAGCAAGACACACUCUCGGAAGUUUCUACUGCAGUGAGUGCUAGUGACAGUGCGACACCGGCUGCAACGACAACUGCCAAGCUCAAUGAAAUCUUCUUAAAGCUGAAGCAGCAGAAGUUGCACAAGACCCCGGACCAGAUGCAAAACAACUUCGUGGUUCCUCCGUCGGUGCUGAGCAGCAUCGAGGAUAUGUCCAAGGCCGCCCCGGUCAAGCCUUUCCUGCCGAGCAUGCAGUGGAAAGGGCAAGAGUACGAGAGCGCGGGUGAGGAAGAUGAGACUCCUGAGCCGGAUGGGAGUGAGACGAAUGAUGAUCAACAGAAACCUAAGGCCAAGGCCAAGGCGAAAGUCAAGGCUAAAUCUGCCCCGAAGGUCCGGGUGGAGGUUGCUGCUCCCCAUGGGAAUUGUUAUGUGCCGGGUGAGUUUCGGAAGAGGAAGAAGGAGUACGUUCGUGAAUGCAUGAUGGAUGGCUUCCUGAAUUACUGGGAAGCUCAGCAAGCUUGGAAUUACAGUGAUGAACGGAGGGCAUUAUUGAGCAAUCUCUCGCCCUCGGAGCUCAGUCGCCGAAGGUUCGACUGA